AUGGUGUCUUGAGCGGAUGCGCUGUGUUUUGCAGGUGAUCAGCAACGCUCUGGGGGUUUGGGGUUUGGAGAUCGUUCUGUUCAACAGCAGAGAGUACCAGCAGUUACUGAUCGAUCCCAUACAUGAGAAGGCCUUUAUAUGUAACUAUAAAGAGCACUGGUUUACGGUGCGUAAGCUAGGACAGCAGUGGUUUAAUCUGAACUCGCUGCUGACUGGACCGGAGCUCAUAUCAGACACAUACUUGGCUCUUUUCUUAGCGCAGCUACAGCAGGAAGGUUAUUCCAUAUUUGUGAUCCGGGGAAGCCUGCCGGAGUGUGAAGCCGAUCAGAUUUUGCGGAUCAUGCGAGUUGAGCAGCAGCAGCGGCCCAAGCUGAUCGGAGAGGAUGAGGCCCAGAGGAUGUCAGUGCAGCAGACGUCAGACCCCGGA